AUGUCCAAACAGGAAACAAUCGUGGUGAUCGGAGCGGGUGUCAUUGGUUUGUCUACUGCAUUAUGCAUCCAACAACACCUCACCCCAUCGCAAUCCAUCCUACUCGUGGCCCGUGACUUCCCCGCUGACACGUCUGUCAACUAUGCCUCGCCCUGGGCCGGAGCUCACUACCGCCCGGUACCGGGAUCCUCGCCGCAGGCGCUCAAGGAAGCGGGCCAAGCGCAGCGCACGUACGAGUUCCUGAAGCGCACAGCGGCUGCUGAGCCCGGUGCGGGCGUCCAGUUUAUCGGGGGCGUCGAGCACCUCGAGGCUCCGCCGCCAGAGUAUCUGGACCAGCAGAGUGUGCGAAAUGUGUAUUCGCAUCUCGAUGGGUUCCGCAUGCUGAGCAAGGACGAAGUUCCCGCUGGCGUAACGUGGGGUGUGGAGUAUGGAUCCUGGGUGAUCAAUUCCCCCGUUUACUGUGCGCAUCUGCUGCGGAAGUUUGUUCUCAAGGGUGGUGAGACGAAGCAGUAUACCCUGGAGAAUGUGAAGGAGGCGUUUAGCCUUGCGCGCAAUGUGAAGACCGUGGUGAAUUGCUCCGGGAGUGGAUUUGAGGACCCGAAGUCCUUUAUUAUCAGAGGCCAAACCUGUCUUGUCCGUAACCCCGUCUCAAAGACCAUCACACGUCAAAACUCUGAUGGCUCGUGGUCCUUCUGUAUCCCGCGUCCCCUCGAAGGUGGAACGAUCAUCGGAGGUACCAAGGAGCCGAAUAACUGGGACCCCAACCCGUCGCCAGAGACCAGGCAGCGCCUGCUGGCGAACGCAAGCAAGUGGUUCCCUUUCACUCCGGAAAGCAAGGGCCAGUUUGAUGUGAUUCGCGACAUUGUCGGUCGCCGACCUGCUCGUGAGGGCGGUUUGCGCAUCGAGGCCGAGAAGGUUGCUGAUGAUCGGUAUAUCGUUCAUGGAUAUGGUGCUGGCGGUCGUGGAUUUGAGCUCUCUCGCGGCAUUGCGGAAGACGUCGUAUCCGUGAUGCUCGAGAAGAGGCUUGUGCAGGCGAAGGCUUCGCUGUAG